UUUUUAUCUCAAAAAAGUUGCUGCAUCAUGUUGAUAAACAUUUAUACAGUUCAAGAGUCCAUUUAUUCUGUUAUUAACUGAAACAUUAUCAAACACUUCAUUUCUAAAUUAUUAUCAUGGCAUUUUCUAGGAUGGCUUUGAACGGUUUAAAAGUAAUCGAAUUUGCUGGUUUAGCUCCAGCCCCAUUUUGUGGGAUGUUACUCUCUGAUUUUGGAGCAACAGUCAUCAGAAUUGAUAAAAUUGGUGGAACAUUAGAUACAUCUCUUGGCCACGGAAAAAAAUCGAUAGCUUUAAAUUUAAAAAAUGACACAGGACGAGAAAUAGCCAAAAAGCUUUGUUUAAAAGCUGAUGUAGUUUUAGAACCAUUUAGAGCUGGUGUCAUGGAAUCUCUUGGUUUAGGCCCUGAAGUUCUUUUAAAAGGAAAUCCCAAAUUAGUUUAUGCAAGAUUAACCGGAUUUGGGCAAAAAGGUUAUUACCAUAAAAGAGCUGGUCACGAUAUAAAUUACGUUGCAAUAUCCGGGCUUUUAUCAAUGUUUGGACGAAAAGGUGAAAAUCCGAUGUUUCCGGUAAAUUUAGCCGCUGAUUUUGGCGGUGGUGGAUUAAUGUGCGCAGUUGGAAUUCUUUUGGCGUUAGUUGAGCGAUCAAAAUCGGGACUUGGACAAGUUGUUGAUGCGAAUAUGGUUGAAGGAACGGCUUAUUUAGGAAGCUUUUUGUACAGGUCUCAAAAUCUCCCAAUUUGGGGGAAUCCCCGAGGUGAAAAUGUUUUGGACGGCGGUGUUCAUUUCUAUGAAAAUUAUUUAACCAAAGACGGAAAAUACAUGUCUGUUGGUGCUUUGGAGCCACAAUUUUAUGCUGAAUUAAUUAAAGGAUUGGGAUUAUCCGACGACGAGGCUCCUCAAUUUGGGAAUAUCCCAGAAUUAAGAAAGUUAUUUACCGAAAAAUUUAAAAGCAAAACCCAAAAGGAAUGGUGUGAUAUUUUUGAUAGUAUGGAUGCGUGUGUUUUUCCUAUCUUAACUAUUGAUGAAGCCCCAGUUCAUCAACAUAAUAAAGAACAAAAAUCUUUUGUUAUGUGUAAAGAAAUGAAUAGGAUGGUUCCAAAUCCUGCGCCUAAAUUAAGUAGGACCCCAGGUGUUUCUACUUGCGUAAAUCCGCCUGCAAAUUUAGGAGAGCAUACUCAAGAAAUUUUGAAAUCAUUGAAUUUUAGUAGUGAUGAGGUUCUGAAAUUACAACGUGAUGGAAUUGUUUAUAAUCAUAUUGCAUCAAAAAUAUGAGUAUAUUAUUGUUUUAAUAAAAGAUUUUUAUUUUUGAA